AUGCCAAUAUCACGUCUUGACAUUCCGAUAUCUCUUGGCUUUCCCAAAGAUUUCGAUCCGAACACAGACAAGAUUUUCUCGCAAUCAGCCGCUAAUUUUCCACCUUACUUAGUCAGUCAUAUAAAUCUAAGUGAUGUCAUGUCGAUUCAAUCACCACUUGAUAUAUCUGUACACUCAUAUUCAAUCGAAUUAACUUGCCAUUCACCACGUUCGUAUCGCAAUCGUCAACUCGGUUCAUUUUUUGUUCAAAUAAAUCUGUAUUCAACAACCGAUCAACUUAUCAAUGAACAUUCCCGUUUAAUUUUAUACCCAUAUCAGUCCGAACUCGCUCGAAUUAUCCGAACACUCAUUUUCUUACCAUUAUCCAUAUUUCAUAUCGACUACGAUCGAUGGUAUUUGCAACAAAUUCUUAUCGACCGUAUACGAAAUACUGAUCAAUCGAAGCGUUUUGUCGAAAGAAUUCAAUUGAAUAUACUUCCGUCUUCAUUUCAACUUGAUCGAUGUUCAAUACAUUUUCAUAUACGUGAUUUAACCGGUCUUGUUUAUUCAUUCAUAAACUAUCCAAUUCUAACUGGUUGUUUUGCAACAUUUGUUCUAUUUUCUACCUAUAUGACAUUCUAUUUGAUUAUAACUGGUUUAACCUGGUUAAACCAAUUGAAUUUAUGUAAAUAUGACUGA